GAUCAUACAUGCGUAUUACCACAAAAUCACAAUGGCGCUAUUCUAUUUGUGGUCAUUUAUUCAACAGUAAAAUAUGUGUAAAAAAAAAACAAUCUUUUUAACGACUUAGUGUUAAAACAUUCACUUAUUGAAUUUAAUCAAAUUUAACUAACUCGAUCGGAGAUAACCUACAAUUUUUAACUUAUUUAAUGUUAAGCUGCUUUCAUAAUCGUGCGUCAGUGACAUGAGAUCUAUUGAUGAUAAUUAAGACAAGGUAGAUAUCAAAAUCAUUCUUUUAAAAAUAAAAAAUUUCAUGUGAGGCAAUAAUUUGAAAAAUAAAUAGUAAACAAUGAUUUUGUAAAUCACAAAGAAAAAAAAUAUAACAUUAGAAGUAAACGAUAGACAAAAACACGUAUCAACUGGAUGGCGACGUGUUUUUGAAGAAAAAACAGUCAAGUGGUGUUGGCCUGUCGGGGGGUCAAGGUGCUCUCUGACUUGAUCUCGUGACGUAUGUGUGUCGCUAAGGGCUCCCACACGUCAAACGAAGCAAUAGGAACAAUAUUAGACCUAUUUGCAGCUAUCUUGUGUUUAUUGAAUUACUGCGAGUGUACUUUGUUCCUGUUGUAUCCUCGAUGUGUCGUUUUAUACAGCGUGAGGGUGGAGGACGACCACGAAAAAGUCAAAUCACCAGGAAGUAGCAGAAACGUUGACGCCGUCUGUGUAGGCGGCAAAAAAAAUAACAACGACUACAACAACGAUUUUGGAACAAUCAAUAUUGAAGUGUCCAACCAUAAAGAUUACAUCACCAACAAUAACAUUAACAAAAACAUCGAAGAGAUUAUACAUCUUUGCUGUACACAAACUUUAAAGUGGGACAAGGAGGUGCCGGAAGCACCACCCGAGAGCCACGCGGAAUUAUAACGAAGAAGAUGGCCUUCAAUGAGAAGGUUGAUCCCGAGCUAAUAUUUACAAAACAAGAAAGAAUCGGAAAAGGUAGUUUCGGAGAGGUAUUUAAAGGAAUUGAUAACAGAACUCAACAAAUCGUGGCAAUAAAAAUAAUCGAUUUAGAAGAAGCUGAAGAUGAAAUCGAGGAUAUUCAGCAAGAAAUUAUGGUGCUGUCGCAAUGCGACAGCCCUUACGUCACUAAAUAUUAUGGAUCUUAUCUCAAGGGUACUAAGCUCUGGAUUAUUAUGGAAUACUUAGGUGGUGGUUCUGCUCUAGAUCUUAUGAAGGCUGGAAGCUUUGAAGAAAUGCAUAUUGCUGUGAUUCUCCGUGAGGUACUCAAAGGUCUUGAUUAUCUUCACAGUGAACGUAAAUUACAUCGUGAUAUAAAAGCAGCUAAUGUUUUAUUAAGUGAAAUGGGAGAUGUUAAAUUAGCAGAUUUUGGUGUUGCUGGUCAAUUGACUAAUACGACUAGCAAAAGAAAUACAUUUGUUGGAACGCCUUUUUGGAUGGCACCAGAAGUAAUUAAACAAUCGGCCUACGAUUCUAAGGCGGAUAUUUGGUCUUUAGGAAUUACAGCCAUUGAAUUGGCAAAAGGUGAACCACCCAAUAGUGAACUUCAUCCAAUGCGUGUACUCUUUUUAAUUCCGAAAAAUAAUCCACCUCAAUUAACGGGUAAUUACACGAAACAGUUCAAAGAAUUUGUAGAGGCAUGUUUGAAUAAAGAUCCAGAAAAUAGACCUACAGCAAAAGAACUUUUGAAGUUUCAAUUUAUUCGCAAAGCCAAGAAAAAUUCGUAUCUGAUCGAUCUUAUAGAUAGAUAUAAAAAAUGGAAGUCACAACGUAGUGAAGAAUCUGAAACAGAAAGUGAAAAUUCAGAUUCUGAAGAAUCUAAGCAAGAUAGUGAUAUGGAUGAACCGUGGAUAAUGACUGUUAAAGGUCCACAUGGUACAAAAACUUCCACAUCACAUGCAAUACCGGCCCUGGAUGAUCAAUUGUCCUUGUUAAGUCAUACUCCAAAUCAUAGAUCAAUUGGUCAUAGUCAACAGCAGGUUAAAGCGCACGCUAAUGGUAGUGCAAAGUCGCCGCCAAAAGACUCGCCAAUAACCAAUUAUCGAAAUGACUCGCGUGAUUCAUCACGUGAUGUACAAAUCAAACAUAAUACACCGUCCCGACCUUAUGAUGCAGCGCCACCACCUCCAGUGGAUCUUCGAGAGAAUAAAGACAGUCGAGAAUCGCGUGAAUCACCAGAGUCAAAAGAAAUUCGUGAUGUCAGAGAUCGAGAAAAUAAUCCUCGUGAAAAAAGAAAUAGCAAAUCUGAUGUAUCUGUUAUGCCCGUUACUGAUCAUAAAUCAAAUGAGGAUAAACAACGACCAAGGAGCUCACAAGAGCAAAAACAUAUACGUAGUGCAACACUUACUACGGUUGUUUUGCCGUUACUCUCAGAGCUUCAGGGCAAGUAUCAAUAUUCAUCGAGGGACAAUAAUGGCGAUAAUGCUGUCACAAGAAAUGGUGGAUCAAUUGAUGAGCUGAGAAGUGCCUUUGAACUGGCUGAACGUACGUCGCCAGGUAUUAAUGAAAUUUUUGUUAGAGAAAUCUUUAAGGCCUUACUUCCAGCAAACCAUUCAGACGGUAGGCUAUCUAUGAUUAUGGAAAAAAUUGUAUUACGGGAUACGUAGGAACAAGAAUUGGCGAGAAUACGCAAGAGACUAAUCUGAAAUUAUAUAAACAUUAUAGAAUUUGAGACAAUUUCUAUACAUAAUCAGGCAACGCUCAAAGGUGCAAGAAGAUAUUCAUCAUCAGUGCACCGUGUGCUUAAAAAAAUUACGAACAACAAUAAUCGUGCCAACGGUCUAUUCAAAUUUACGCCUACAUUAAUUCAUUGUGGUUUUGUAGAUCGAUUCGUUGGCCUUCUGAGAGAGGAGAAAAAUAACAGAAAAAAGACCUGGAAUUAUCAUUAAUCAAUGUUAUUAUUAUUAUUAUUAUUAUUAUUAUUAUUAUUAUUAUUAUUAUUAUUAUUAUUAUUAUUAUUAUUAUUAUUAUUUCUAUGUGCGCUUUAAAUUUGACAUUAGUGGGAAACCGUAAUUGGUUAUUUGUGCGUGAUAAUAAUUUGAUUUAUAUUGUAACUACACAGUUGUCAUUCACGCAUGUAAUUACGGCCAAAAUAAUAUGAAGCACCAGUAUUAUGUUCGCUGGGCGCCAUGUAAAUAUGUAUGUAACUUGAUAAGAUAUACUUAUUGUUAUGGUCAACGAUUUAUUUCUACAUAAAUAUUAACAAGAAUCAUAAAUUUUAUUUAUCAAAAACAGAAAAGAAAAUAACAAUAUGAAAUAGGAAGCCUUUUUGGUGUUAAAUGUUAAAUAUAAAACUAAUCUUGAUUUUAAAUCCUUCCGAAUCAUUGAUUCCAUUAGUUUAAUUUAAUUUCAUUAAUUAUUAGUAAUAGGGUGAGAGUGUACAAUUUUUUGAAUUAUUUAUUUGAGCUGCAUUAAUUUUUAACUAUUAGAAUCAAAAAAUUAAAUUUAAGUAGAGAAUGUUGAAUAUUUGAUGAUCGAAAAUAACGAAAAUAUAGAUAUCUAAAAUAGAACUUGUAACGGGUCUGUAUUUUAAUUUUUAGUUUUUUAUCAUCGAUAUUGCUAAUAUAGACAUAAUUUGUAAAUCUAAAAAGUUUAACUAAAAUUAUUAAGAAUUUCAAAUGAAAACAGAAUAUUCUUAUUAUCUCUUGAAUUACAUAAUUUAUUCAAUAUUAUGAUCAAUCUUAUAUUUUUAAUGUUUUAUAUACCCUCUCAUCCUUUACUUUAUAUUUAUAACUGUUUUUUGACAUGAUCAUAAAAACUGGUAGUGAGGUAAACUUAUUUUAUUUUUUUGUUGUAAGUAUUUCUAUCAAUGGCAAUUAUUAUUCAAUGUUGAGGCGGUAAUUUUAUUAAUAUUAUAUGCUGGGUCAUUCCAUGUCAAAUCGACCAAUAGUUGGAAUCGACCCCUUUCAAUUUGGACGAAUUUUGGUCAAAAGUUUUCUCUCAUCAUAUAACGAAGUUCUGCCAAGGGAAAAAAAAUAAAAAAAUUUUUUUCAAAAGUUAUGCAAUUUAGAAAAUUUCACUAAUUUUCCUGUUUCUUAAACUUAUUCUUCAAAGAUCUCGAAAACUAUUACAAUUACUCUAAUCAUCUGAGCUAGGUUUUAAAGAGGAUACUUAAAGGUAUCGAAAAAAAAUUUUUUUGAAAAAAUUUUUCAAAAAUUCGUUUUUUGGGAAAAUUUUGAAAUUUCCAAAAUUGCAAAAGUCGGUGACCGCCAUCAAAUUUUUCGCUCAAAUUUUUUUCUAGAGUACCUCUAAUUGAUUUCAAAAGAUCCUGAAAUUUUUGAGUAGGGGUUUUUUUUUGUUCAAAAGAUAUAAAUUUUUGAAUUUUAGGAAAAAAAAUUUUUUUUCUCUUUGGCAUUGACUGAAUAAAACAAUGAUAAAUUCACUUGUAAUUUUUAAUUUUAAAGCUCAAAAAUUUAUUUUAAUGCAAUAGAGUCAAUAAAAAACUUAUUAAUGUGAUGUUUUUGUUUUUUAGCUACAUUUUGAUUUUAAAUUGGAUAUAAUUGUGUUAGAAUGAUCGUUUUUUCUUAGCCCCUUGCUGUGGUGUU